AUGGGGAUUCUAGAUUCUCUUGAUCUAUCUCAUCACCAUUUCUCUGGCAAGAUACCUACAAGCUUAGCUGAAAUACACACUCUUGGUGUUCUUGAUUUGUCGAACAAUAAUUUGUGUGGAAAAAUUUCAACGAGUACUCAACUUCAAAGCUUCAAUGCUUCGUCUUAUGCCGGGAAUGAUGGACUCUGUGGCAAUCCUCUACCGAUGUGCAUUGAACAUAGCUUGAGGCCAUCCACCACUAAUCCGGUGGAUAACACGAAUGAGAAAGACGGCAACAACUUCUCAUUUAUGCAAGAAGUUGGCAUAUCAAUGGGCUUUGGUUUUAUCUUUGGAUUUUGGGGAGUUAUUGGCUCAUUCAUACUGAAGAAAUCAUGGAGAGUUGCAUUUUCUAAGGUGAUGUUUGGAGAUGCAAAAGUGAGAUGCAUAGAGAGCGAGCGAGAAGCUCUUCUUAGCUUCAAGAAGGAUAUCAUUGAUGAGAAUGAAAUUCUCUCGUCGUGGCAAAGCAACGAAUGCUGCGAAUGGCAUGGUGUUGAGUGCAGCGACACCGGUCAUGUCACCGCCCUCCGAAUCUGCAAUAUGGCAUUUGGAGGUAAGAUUGGCUCGUCAUUACUUGCGUUGCAGCAGCUAAAUACCCUUUCCCUUGGUGGCAAUGAUUUCGGUGGAUUUCCAAUCCCGGAAUUCAUUGGUUCCAUGAAACAAUUACAACACUUGCAGCUUAGCUCGUCUAACUUUCGUGGGAUCAUUCCUCCUCAAUUAGGGAACCUUACCAACCUACGCUCACUUGAUCUCUCGUUUAAAUCUCUGUCUUCUAUAUCUCUUUUUCCGAAUGGUUCUGUGUGGGAAUCACUCGAAUCACUGGACUUGUCUUAUAAUAAUCUCACGGGAUCAAUCCCGGACCUGAGAGCAUUUCCUUCAUUGACAGAACUGGUCCUUUCCGGUAAUAACUUUACCAGCUCUAUUCCUAUAAGUAUUGGCCAACUCUCCCACAUUCGAUAUCUCGAUCUUUCUUCUAAUUCGUUGGAAGGUUUAGUCUCCGAAUCCCACUUCUCCAAGCUUCAUAAAUUAGAGUCACUAGAUUUAUCCUUCAAUCCAUUAUUGAUCUUGGAUAUUGCUCCUGAUUGGAGUCCUCCUUUUCAGUUGAGUGCUAUAAAAUUAGCCGGGUGCAAUGUGGGCCCGUAUUUUCCAAAUUGGAUUCGAACUCAGAUAAAUUUGUCUAUUCUUGAUCACAGUGGUGCCAAUAUAACAGAUGAAGCCCCGAAGUGGUUGUGGAGUGUUUCUCCUUCGUUAAAGUCCUUGUAUCUCUCUUACAAUCAAAUAAGUGGUACAGUUCCGAAGCUCUCAUCCACUUCCAUCAAGUAUAUAGAUCUUAGUUACAAUCAACUUUCAGGUCCUAUAACGUUAUUUACUAACAACGUUUCCGAGAAUCGGUUGAGUGGAAACAUGUUCUCCAUGUCAAUUUCAUCUAUUUGCAAAACUCUCCACGAUGAGGUUAAACACAUUGACCUAUCCAACAAUCAACUGGCCGGAGAGGUUCCCCGCUGCUGGGAGAAAAUGGCGGGCCUUUUGUCCCUCAGUUUGGCUAGCAACAGUUUUUCGGGUGAAAUUCCUCUCUCCUUGGGAGUAUUACAUAACCUCGGUGCACUACAAAUGCAUGGUAAUAAUUUAUCGGGUGAGUUGCCUUACGAUUUGAGACAUUGUCAAGAAUUGAAAAUCAUUGAUGUUGGGGAGAACAAGUUAACAGGAGAGAUCCCUUCUUGGAUUGGCCAGCUGGAUCAAAUGCAAAUUAUAAACCUUCAUGAGAAUAAAUUGCAUGGCAGUAUUCCUCAGGAGAUAUGCGAUCUUAUUAGUAUUCAAAUUCUAGAUCUGUCGUUAAACAAUCUAUCUGGGAUAAUACCCGAUUGCUUCGACAAUUUUAAUAUCUUGUCUAGUAAGUAUGCCUUGAUUCCAUCCAUUUAUGGAAAUUUUUUUGGUCAAAUUGAUGCUAAGAUCGAUGGCUAUACAGUAUUAAAUGGUGAAUGUUUUGGUAUUGGAGAUCGUGUUACUAUCAACGCAAUAAGUGCUAUGGAUAUUCAUUGUUUCAAUGGAAAGGGAUUAAGAUCCUUGAAUCUAUCUAGAAAUAGUUUGAAUGGAUAUAUAAUUCCAGAUAUUGGUAAAAUGGAGAUGCUAGAGUCUCUUGAUCUGUCUCACAACAAACUUUUUGGCAAGAUACCUACAAGUUUGGCACAAAUAAACACUCUUGGCGUUCUUGAUUUGUCCAACAACAAUUUGUCUGGAAAAAUUCAUCGGCUUAUGCAGAGAAUUAUGGACUAUGUGGUGACCCUAUGCCAAAAAAUCAUGGAGAAUCGCAUUCUUCAGUUUGUUGGAUGCUAUUGGAGAUUGGAUCUAUAUCAGGAUUAUUGUGUUUGUACCCAAAAUGCAAACAAGGCUGAAAUACUUAUGUCAGGAGAUGCAAACGCGAUAUGCAUAGAGUGGGAGAGAGAAGAUCUUCUAAGCUUCAAAAACGGCCUCAUCGAUGAGGAUGGUAUUCUCUCGUCGUGGCAAAGCAACGAAUGCUGCGAAUGGCACGGUGUCGAGUGCAGCAACACCACUGGCCAUGUAAUCACCCUUGACCUCCAAUGCAAUCUAUGUACAUUGCAAGGCGAGGUUCGUUCUUCGUUGCUUGAGUUGCAUCAUUUAAAUCAUCUUGACCUCAGUCGGAAUGACUUUGGAGGCAUUCCUAUCCCAGAAUUCAUUUAUUCCAUGAAACAAUUACAACACUUGCAUCUUAGUUUUUCCAACUUUUCUACUACCAUUCCUCCUCAGUUAGGAAACCUUACCAACCUACGCUCACUCGACCUUAGUGGGAACGGUAUUAGGAACAUCCCUCCUCAGUUGUGGAACCUUACCAACCUACGCUCACUUAAUCUCGGGUAUAACUCUUUGGAUUCCGAGUCUCUUUCUCUUUCUAUAAGUUCAGGUUUUGUAUUGGAAUCACUCGAAAUACUAAACUUGGCUGAGAAUCAACUCAAUGGAUUGAUGUUUGACCUUAGAGCAUUUCCUUCAUUGACAAACCUAUACCUUAUGGGAAAUAACUUUAUUGGAUCCAUUCAUGUAAGCAUUGGUCAACUAUCCAAUCUUCAAGAUCUAUUUCUUCAAUCCAAUUCUUUGGAAGGUUUAGUGUCAGAAUAUCACUUCACCAAGCUUAAUAAGUUAAAGAGACUAGACUUAUCCUUCAAUUCAUUGAUCAUGGAUAUUGCUCCUGAUUGGAAUCCUCCUUUUCAAUUGAGUUCUCUAUCUUUAGCCGGAUGCAAUGUGGGCCCAUAUUUUCCAAACUGGUUCCGAACUCAGAGGAAUUUGGCAUAUCUUGAUCUUCGCUGUGCAAAUAUACAAGAAGAAGUCCCAAAGUGGUUGUGGAGUACAUCUUCAAUAAACUACUUAUAUCUCUCGGAUAAUCAAAUAAGUGGUAUGAUUCCAAAUCUCUCAUCCGCCUCCAUCUUGUCUAUGGAUCUUAGUAACAAUCAAUUAUCAGGUCCUAUACCAUUAUUUCCUAGCAAGGCUUCGCGCAUUUUAUUGAGUGGAAAUAUGUUAUCUGGUUCAAUUUCAUCCAUUUGCAAUACGAGAACUAAAUCCAAUUGA